CUGAAUUUAAUUAUUUUUAUCACGCUACUUUUAUGAAGAAAACAAACUUGCAAAUUAUUUACUUGCAGUUGUGCUAACACACGAUCUUACUGGACUUUGCUAUUUUGUGUGAGGCUGGUGAAUUCGAUGUGACGCGCAGUGAUGAACGGCAGCUCGAAUCCGCCUCUGGAUAAAGAAGAGCAUGUGUUAAAGCUCGGAGAUAGUUUUGAGAAGAGGCCAAAAUCAUCUUUUCACACCAUCAGAUAUGAUUUUAAACCAGCAUCCAUAGAUACAUCCUGUGAAGGAGAAUUACAAGUAGGAAAAGGAGAUGAGGUUACCAUCACAUUACCACACAUACCAGGCUCCACUCCACCAAUGACAGUGUUUAAGGGCAACAAAAGGCCGUAUCAGAAAGACUGCGUUCUCAUCAUCAACCAUGACACUGGAGAGUUUAUGUUGGAAAAGCUCAGCAGCAGCAUACAAGUCAAGAAAACAAGAGCUGAGGGCAGCAGUAAGAUCCAGGCUCGUAUAGAGCAGCAGUCAGUGAGAGCUAACCAGCUGACGGCACAGUUCCGCACCCCUAUCAAGCCCGGAGUGGGGGCUAAGACCUCACCAACCAAAGACAACCCUUCACCUGAGCCUCAGCUGGAUGACAUCAAACGAGAGCUGCGGGCCGAGGUGGAUGUGAUUGAGCAGAUGAGCAGCAGCAGUUCGUCAGACUCUGGCAGUUGUUCUGGCAGUGGUGAUGACAGCUCCUGCAGUGACGGAGAACAGGAAACUCAUCUCUCCCCCAGCAGGAACAACAUGGCCAACGGAAUGAACAAAUCACAAGGCAGUAAUCAGCUGAUGAACACACUCCGAAAUGAUCUUCAGCUAAGUGAAUCUGGCAGUGACAGUGACAUCGACUGACCUCCUAGCUGAUGUUCAGCACUUACAAACAUAGAUUGUGUUUCUCUGCGUUACGUGCUUUCAUA